CAUCUUCUAUUUAUCAAAGAUGUAAUUUUCAUUCACAAAUUAUGUAUAUAACGCUGCUAGUGAUAGCAAGGUUUAUUAACCUCCUUGGUGAUAACAAGGACACAUAAUGUCAUAAUUUGGUGAUAGCAAUAAUAAUUAUCUCCAAGCAGAUGUGUGCAGGUUUGUUUGGUGGUGACAUGACCACUUUGCCUUUAUACCAUAACUUAUAAACCAUGGUGAGUAAUGUUACAAGAGCGUUAUUUUCUUCAAUUAAGGUAUUCUAUACCAGGUUUUCUCGCCAUAGCUCCUGUCUGUUGGAGAUGAUGUGACAUCAUGCAGCCUGGGCGCCGGGGAGCUUUGGAGGGAACCAACGUGUUAUACUGGCCAUAUGAUGGGGGUUACAACCCUUCCACUGACAGGGAGAAAACUCAGCACGAGAUACAGGAAUACACAGUGUGGGCCAAUGCAUACCUGUCUGAGAGAGGAGACCUGCCUCCUGUGGGGGACCUUGUAACAGCCCUGUCCGAUGGGAUUACCCUCAUCAAGCUGGUAGAGGUCAUGGCCGAGCAACAAAUCCCCUACCCUCACCCCAACCCAACCAGCUGGAUCCAGAGGGUGGAGAACACGACAGCAUGUCUGAGCUUCUGUGGGCAGGGAGGAGUCGUGUUGGAAGGGGUGACAUCAUCAGAUAUUGUGGAUGGUAAAGCAAAGGCCAUUCUUGCUCUGUGCCAUGCUCUGAGGAUAAGAUGUGAAGGUGUUGGGAAAUAUGCUGUCCGUGCAGUUCCAAUAACUUCUAGAUACAAACCUUAUCAUCCUGGUACAAGGCAUGAUGGGAUAGAUAGCAGGGGACACACCCAGGCUCCCCUGGUGACCUGGGAACAAGAAGACAUGGCCAUAUUUGCAUGGGUGAAGUGCAUGUUGGGACAUAUGGUGGUGGAUUAUUCUGUCUUCCAGGAUGGGAGUUUACUCUGCAGACUUGUCAACAAGAUUUGUGAAGGAGAGAUGGAUCCAAAGGUUUGGAUGGAGAAGUCCUCUUCAGACAGGAUCUAUAUUGCCAUGGAGACAGUGGAGAGAAAGUUUGGUUUGCCAUGCUUCCUGGAGGUCCAGGCUGUAACCAGAGGACAUGGACAGGAGUCUCUCAGGAACUAUCUGUCCCAACUUAAGAGGAUAGGGGACAUGCAUUUUCAGCAAAAGAAGUGGAGAGAAGAGAAGGAGGCGGAGGCCCGUAGGGAGCGGGAGAGAUGGGAGCGGGUCCACCUGAAGAGGAAGGAGGCUCAGGAGCACAGGAGGAAACUGGAGGACAUGUUCGACAGGCACAAGCAACAGCUGGAGGAACUGGACACAGCUGUCAAGAAAAAGGAGAUGGAGUUAGCCAGGCAGAUGAAUGUCUCCUAUAAUGAGUACAAGAGGCUCAAAAGUCCCAGGCCCAAACCUGAAGAGAUAGUAGUAGAGGGGAAAAGUCCAGAACCAGGGGCUAUCAGAACAAACACAAAACAACAAACAGGACAAGUCCCCAAAACAGACAGCAAUGUUCCAAAGAAAUCCACCUUCAAUGCUGUAACUGUGCCAAAACUUAAAUCAGCAGUACACAAAGUCGCAGACACUCCAAAGGUACCUGGUGUAGAAGAGUCAGAUAAAGAGUCAGAGGAAAAAGAUCUCAGUGAGGUCACAAGUUCAGCCUCAGGUGAUGACAUAGGGAAAAGUGACGUCACUGACUCUAUGUGGAAUGAAACCCUGAAGAGCUUGUCUAAACUUGCCCUGAGGAGAGAAAAGAAGUCUGUGCUGGGAACCAAACCUUCCAAUUUACCAGAUUGGUCUCCAGACCAAGACCAAUACAGACCUGAAGGUCAGGACAAUGGCAGGAAAAAUGUCAGCAUACGACCUUCAACACAGCUGGGAAGAGAAGCAGGCAGUCGCCUGUCUGUAGACAGGGACAGUGGGAAUGAAAGACCCACCAGCAGCUCUCCUGCAUCAAAGUUAUCAGUGGAUAACACAAGUGUGAGGGCUAGUGGACUUUCAGGCUCAGCAAAUAACCUACCUACCGGCUACUUCAAAAAUGCAGCUAGGAGAGCUCUCUUCUUUGCCUCCUUGUCUCCAGAGCCUGCUGAUGAACUCAGUGAUGGCUAGACCAUUCUUCUUGUGGAAAGAAGUAUAAAUGCAGAUAUCUGAUGUGCCAAGCUAUGCUCACAGUAGUUACAGCCAUGUAGACUUGAUCUUUUAGCUUGUUUUGUGCAAAUUUUUAUAAAAGUGAAAUUGAAAAUCUAGAAAGUAGCCUUAAAUAAGGCUUUCAUUUAUCAUAAUGUAGAUUAAUACAUUGAUCAUUAUUGAUUUUCUACAAGCAGAAUUUUAUUUUGUUACUACAGAUUAGAUAUAAGUGCCAUAUUAUUGAGGUUCCACUUUUUAGUCUUUUUGAAAAGGUACACUUUUAUAAAACAUUUAUUAGAUGUACAUGUACAUAAAUCGAUCAGUGUCGUGUAAUGUAGUUUUUCUAGUAUUUCAACAAAUCACAUAAAAGAAUUUAUUUUAUUGAGGUUCCACUUUUUAGUCAUUUUGAAAAGGUAGACUUUUAUACUAUUAGAUGUACAUAAGUCCACCAGUGUUAUGUAAUAUAGAGUUUUUCUAGUAUUUCAAUAAGUCACGUAAAGGAAAGGGUAUCUUUAGGCAGCUU